AUGGAGCCCUUGCACGACGGGGCUGCAGGAUUAGAUAGUGCUUUAAUAGUGGAGGUUGACACGCUCUGGCAAGGAGAUGCCGCCGUCUUCGUUACCUCCGAGACUCCUUCCGGAGUGCAACGCGCGCCGUUCGGGCGUAACGGUGUGGGGCCGUACGGCGGUGCUUAUAUCCCUUCUACUCUGACCCCAUCGGCGUCGACGACGUUGGGGGCGACGACGAUUUCGGAGAUUGGCGACGCUCGCCUCUCCCAGCUCAGCUGCGACAAGUUGGCGCAGGCUUUUGAGCUAGCAGAAGCCUCUAAGAAUGAGGCAGAGGAAAAGGCAUCGCUCUUAAAUGAGCAGCUAGCUUCACUUCAACGGAAGAAAGAGGAGCUAGAGGCUGAGCAGACUGCUCUGCAAGAGCAGCAGCAGGCUCUCUACGAUGCGGCGGACACCCUGAAGGACUUGCCUCAACGAGUUGAAGAUCUUUCCAGUGCAUUUGGCCAGCUAACUACUGGUCUGUCGGAGGAAAGACAGGCAACAUCCGAGCCAGGUUCUGCCUUGGACAAGUUUGAGGACCAGGCUGCGAAGACCACAGUUGCCCUCGACGGGCUCAAGACGCAGUUCCAGGCGCUCACGGACAUGUCGCAAGGCAUGGAAAACUUGGAAAAUACGAUUGGCACCGUUCAGACCGGGCAGAGUGGCCUCGUGACGCAGAUGACCAACCUUGUCAAUCAGGUCGAUCACUUGGCCAAGGCAGUGGGCACGGUUCCCACUCAGGCCUCGACAAGCCAACCCACGGGUCUGAUGGCAGAGGUCAAGUCUACAGCAGAAGUACUCAAGACACUUGCAACCAAGGCUGACCUUGAGGAAUGGUCAAAUGAGGAGGCUAUCUCACAGUGUGUGAAGGCGGCCCUGAAGGACUUCCAAGACUCCACCGUCGCAGAGUACUCGCGGAAGCUUCAGCAGCAUGAGGCUGCGGAGGAGAAGAAGAGGGAGGUCUUCGAAAACCUCAGGGUCAAGGCAUUAGCCGUGGAGGACAAGUACAAUAGACGUGAGCAACGUCUAGCGAAUCUGGAGAAAGAGAACUCGGACCUCAAUGUGGCCCUCCAGAAUCGGGAUCUGGACCUUGCUACGGAUCUCUCCGAGGCUAAGGCUCGGAUCGGUAGGAGGGACGGCACUAUUGCCGGGGCUAAUGCGCAAAUUGGUAUGAAAGACACAGCCAUUGCCGAGGCCGAGUCGCAGAUUCGUAGUAAGGAUCAGAUCAUCCAGGAGGCUCGCGAGCUCGUGGAAUCCUACGAGAACAAGAUCAAGGCCAAAAACUCCGAGAUGGAGCAGAUGCGCAAUCGUCUGGAAGCUGCCGAAGCUCAGCCAACGCCAUCAAUGACAGAGGCCCAAAGAGGCGCCGAGAUGAGCGAACUGGCUAGGACGUACCUGACACUCUCCACAGAGUUUCAAGGCAUCCCGAUAGCCCCUGAGAGGAACGGAUGCUUUGGCGUGCAGCAAAUCGCUGCGGAGAUUGCACCAGCGCUUAUUCAAGUUGGUGCAAAGGCCCACUCCAGCUCUCUCCAAGGUUGGUACUGCCUGGAUGAGGUUCUGAUGCAAGGGACCAACACCCGACAAGAUGUCUUGUCCGGCAUGCGUCAAAUCCAUCAAAAGGCCUGUGUUAUGUUAGCGGGGAAAGCUUCUGCCGAGGAUAAGCCUGGUCCUGAGCCUGAGGUUGUUUCUGCUCCCUCCUCUGAGCCAGCCUCCCAUGAGCUCGUCUUCCGGUCCAAGACUGAGGCCAAACGCACUCUGCCACCCGCCCAAGGUCUGAAUGCUUCUCGAUGGGCCCCUCCUCCUGUUCCCCUCGUCGCUCUGAACGCCUUGCCGCCCAAGGCCACUCCUCCCAUCCCUCGCGGCAGCAUGGUCUGCCCACCAGUCCCUUCCCUUGCUGCUCGUCAGCAUGUUUGGAAGGCGAAGUACGGCGAUGGGCUCAGAGAUGAGCCUGUUUGUGGGCCCUUUGAGGUCCGUAUCUCUUGCUGGAUCGAGUUUGAAGAACUCAUCUGGGGCACGUCUAGCGACCUUGGAGAAGGAGAACGAGGACCUCAAGUUGGCCCUCCAGAACCAAGAUAA